AGAAAUGUCAAUGGAUAAAAAUAUUCUCAAAUUGAAAAAUAUCUGACCUAUUAAUUUAAUUUCAAUAUUAUGUAUUAAAGAUAAAGUGGAGGGAUAUAUUAGGAUUAGGAAACAAAGCCGACUGUGGCAGCGAUAGAGCUGUAAGACGAGAAGAAGGUGAACGAUUAGCCAGGGAAUACAACGUGACGUUUAUGGAAACAUCGGCUAAAAGUGGACAAAACGUUGAACUAGCAUUUCACGCCAUAGCAAAGGAACUGAAAUAUCGCCAAAACGGUCAUAAAGACUCUCAUCGAUUCAACGUUCACGAUUAUGUGAGAGAACAAAGUCAGCAUCCUGCGCAGCACCAGUGCCCACCCUGCAGCUAUUAGUUUUUAGCUUAGAAGCACAAUAAAUAUUUUAUUAAGUAGAUUGAAACCAAAGUAUUUGUAUACCGAUCGCUAGAAAGUUUUACUUUUAAUAAUUUUCAUCAAUACAGAGACUUAGUGAUAGAGUUAGAAGUCUAGCGUUACAGGGAAUAUGUGAUAAAUGUGUGAGGUUAUACCAAAAGAAACUAUACAGGCUGAAAUCAUUAUUUAGUAAAAUUGAGAAGAUUUAGUUGAAGUCGUUUGGUUUCUUUUAAGCAAGCACCAAACUUAAAAGAGUGAUUUUCUACUCUAAUUACUAUGUCGGCAUUAGUCGAGAAAAGAAUUAAACUUAAAUCUAUUAAUAGCCAUAUAACUUGUAAAAUCUGCAAAGGAUAUUUGAUAGAUGCCACAACAGUAACGGAAUGUCUGCACACAUUUUGCAAAAGUUGCUUGGUGAAACACCUAGAAGAGAACAAUACGUGUCCCAUGUGUAACAUUGUGAUACAUCAAUCGCAUCCUUUGCAGUACAUCAGCUUCGACAGGACCAUGCAGGAUAUCGUUUACAAGUUGGUUCCCAACUUGCUCAAUAACGAGACUAUUCGCGAAAGGGACUUUUAUAAAGUUAGAGGUUUGUCCAAUCCUAAAGACAUUCCUUUAGCGAGUUUGGAUCUGAACAGCGAGGAUCAAAGCGAUCCCCAUGCUGCGUCCGAUUACCACAGACAAGACGAGCAAAUAAAUAUUUGUUUGGAGUGCAUUAGUCCGAAUAUGAGGGCCUUAAAAAGAAGGUUCAUACGAUGUUCGGCACAGGCUACGAUACUGCAUUUGAAGAAAUUUAUCGCUAUGAAGAUAAUGAAUGGCGUGGACAAGUACAGGGAAAUAGAUGUUCUUUGCAACGAUGAGCUGCUGGGAAAAGAUCAUACUUUGAAAUUUGUCGUAGUGACAAGAUGGAGGUUCCAAAAUCCUCCUUUAGUAUUGCAGUAUAGACCAAAAAUUGACAUUGCUUAAAUAUAACACAGUUCGUCGUAGAUCUUUUGCUGCAUAAUAAUGCAUACCUACAUGAUUUAUUAUAUUAUUUCUAAUAUUUAGGAUUAUAUAAUGACAGGAACAAUGACGUAGCCUUAAACUUAAAAAUAUCCAAAUUUUUAAAAAAGGAUAUAGGUAUUAUUUUUUAGUAAAUAAUAUCUUUAAAAUCGGCUACCAUAAUUCAAUAAAACAAAAGGAAACUGCUGACAAAAAAAUCGUUCAAAUAUUUUCAUGUUAUUGGAAUUUGCUAACAAAUAAACUUUCAUUUUAGUUACAUUUCCAACAGUUUUAAAUUGUAUUUGACAAAUUAUUUCUAGAUUUCUUAUAUUGAUAAUCUGUGUUAAAACACAUAAUUAUUUUUAAUGUUGCGUUCAUUACUUUAUAUAGAUAGAAUUCGAUUAUAAGCAAUGUAAAACUGCGUUUUUUCCUACAAUUUAAAUAUGUUUUUUUUUAUAAACUGCCACCAUUAUAUUAAAUAAAGGAUUUUCUAUUUCUCUACUUUGCAAUGAAAUUGGUGUAAGAGGUUAACUUAACUGGAUAACAUUAUUAUUAACAACAAUAAUAUUAAUAUAAUUAUAAUGAUAGAAUAUACAAAAGUAUUACCUUAAAGUAGUGUAAAAUUAAAGUAAUUUAUGUACCAAAGAUGUCGCACAAAGCGUAUAUGCCAAAAGACAUGUAUUUUUAUUUAUAUAUUAAUUUCAAUUUACCCGGUUAAUCUCGAGAAUAACACAAAACCAAACCCGAACAUUAACUUCAUUAUCGACAUUAACCGGAUAUCGACCUUUAAGCCCGGACCCCAUUAGCCAACACACCACGCCACGCGAUGCCAUGCUACCCCACGUCGUGAAGAUCUGUGCGUAUGUUUUUCCAUUUAAAUACAUGUAUUGCGUACACACAAGGCAACACGCCACGCCACGCCAUCCGACGCCAUAACACGCUAACACACGUGUGAUGGGCGAUUCGUCAGUCUCAGAUCUAACCGAUGUGUGUUAAGACGUGUUCCUCCGCUUGCCUCUCUAGUCCCGCAGCUAUCUACUUUUGUAGUUGAUGUAGGGAUGUCCCAAAAAUAAAAUAAAUCGAUAUUUUGAAUCGAUUCAACAUCGGAUAUAACAAAAUAGAACCAGAAAAAAUCGGUAACAAAAGAUUGAUCUUAUUAAUUAUCGAUAUUCGAUUCUGAAUAUAUUGGUAUUGUGAUUAUAAUCUAAUAUCGGUAUGGGUAUCGAUACUUCUACUAUAUUGUCGUAACCCCAUUGAUAACUUUUUUAACUGUAAUAAAAAUU